CCGGAAGGCGCAGGCUCCAGCUGACGCAGCCGGGCUGCGCGGCAGAGUGGCGGCCAUGGAGCGGGACGGGCAGCAGCUGUCCGCGCGGCCGGCCCUGGAGACGGAGGGGUUGCGCUACCUGCACGUCACCGUGGGCUCCCUGCUAGCCACCUAUGGCUGGUACAUCGUCUUCAGCUGCAUCCUUCUCUACGUGGUGUUUCAGAAGCUUUCCACCCGGCUGAGGGCCUUGAGACAGAGGCAGCUGGACCGAGCCGCGGCUGCAGUGGAACCUGAUGUUGUUGUUAAACGACAGGAGGCUUUAGCAGCUGCUCGUUUGAAAAUGCAAGAAGAAUUAAAUGCACAAGUUGAAAAGCAUAAGGAAAAACUAAGACAGCUUGAAGAACAAAAAAGGAGACAGAAGAUUGAAAUGUGGGACAGCAUGCAAGAAGGGAAAAGUUACAAAGGAAAUGCAAGAAAGCCUCCAGAAGAAGAUGGUCCUGGGCCUUCUACUUCGUCAGUCCUGCCAAAACGGAAAGCUGACAGGAAGCCACUGCGGGGAAGUGGUUACAACCCUUUGUCUGGUGAAGGAGGAGGAACGUGCUCUUGGAGACCCGGACGCAGAGGCCCGUCAUCUGGUGGAUGAGGCUAAGAAUCUUGCUAGUGUCGCUUUUGACAUUAGCAAGAUGAAUCGGUAACCCUGAAUUCAAUUGCCUUACGCACACUUUUCACAGUGACUAGCCAAGGGAAGUGGGGUUUAUUUCUGCUCUUAACUACACUGCGUCUUUAACAGUUGAAGCCAGCAUAGGAUAUAGAUGUCACCACUAGCGGUAGUGACAGUCGGUCACACUUCAGUUAAGCCAGUGACUGCAGUCAUUGAUUUCAUGGGUAAUUGCUAGUUGGUAGAUAAAGCCCUCUAGGUGAUUAACAGUCUUGAUAAAAGAGACCUAGUGAUGGUUCUUCACGUUAGAAGUCCUUGCUGGUCGGACAGUCUCUGUGACAGGUUGCGUUGAAUGAUGUCUUCCUUGUAAAUGGUGAGCCCACCAGCGAGGAUUACUGAUGCAGACAGUUGAUGGGGUUGUUUCUGUAUAUUUAUUUUUAUGUACAGAACUUUGUAAAAAAGAAACUGUAUAUAUUAAAAAAAAUGCAAAAAACAUUUUUAGCAUCUUUAUUAAAUUCAAGGAAAUUUCUUUAUGAACUUAAAUUUGUCUGCCAAACAUUAAACAGCUUUUUAUCAUUCCA